AUGGCCAGGGCGCGCUCGCAGGUAUCAAGGGGGGAUCCCAUCGGUCACGGCAUCUUCAACUGUGAGUGCGCUUCCCUCGAUGACGAUGGUUUUGGCUCCUUGGACCAGUGGGCCGCUGACGAACCGGCCUGCGACAAAAUGAGCGGUAGAUUUCCCUCUGGCGUCGGGCGUAGGGACGAUAUCUUCAUGAUCACCAAUCCAGAUCUCGUCCCUUUUCGAGACGCUGCCCGGGGCAUCAAGCCUUUGCAUCCAGGCGAUGUUCAGCCCAGUGUCGAUUCGCCUAGCAGCAACUACCAUCGUCCGAUCGAUGUUGUUCACACUGCAGGUGUCGCCUGCCUGAGUCACGACGUCCAGCCCGACUCCACUCUCAUCGUCCGAUGCCCAAGCAUGCAUGAGAAUACUCCAGCGACCGAUCUUCCCGGCAGUCUCCCCCCGAAGGAUAACAAAGGCAUAACCAGUCACCAUGCCACGGACUUUCAUACUCCUGAGAGCAGCAAUAUCGCUGCCUCCGAAGCAAGUUCAACAGCCACUGUUGGCUCCAAAGAAGGCGGUUCAGCCGAUGUCUUGCCAGAUUCCAAGAAAAGAAGGCUUAAGCACGCCAAGCGCGCCUCAACCUCGAUCCUACGGGCCCGGAAGAACGCCUUGUGUUUCGGAGACGAAGAGGACGAAUAUAAAUGGAAUCGCGGGGGAAAGGUGUGGAAGCAGUUGGAAGAUCAAGAGCACGUGAGAACGGCGAAGGAAUUUCUGGGCGAGAACCCUAACCCAUUGGCCUGUCCAAUGUACUCACUCUCUCUGCCGCCUAGAGCUUGCAGUGGUGCCCUGGCGCUGCACAUAGAUGAAUCGCCGACCGCCCUAGGCGUCUGCCCUGCUUCCAAGUCGUCCAACUCCCCUGCGCUCGGGAUCGGAGCUGUGUUUUCCACCAUCUAG